CUUGUCACGCGAAGUUGCUAAGAACCGGCCGAAGGCACCCGCGACAGGUACCCAAAGAGGUUCUUUCACUCAAAGACAAUACGUCUAUCGUAUUCCCAGUAGUCUGUCCAUUUUCACUCAAACUUCACCAUGGAGGCAAAAGACAAAACCCGGGAACAUUCAACACCAACCCCCUCGUCGCGCGUCUCCUCCUUCCUCUCCCUCAAGAAAUCCCAAUCCUCAACCAAUAAGCCAGCACCAGCAGCAACACCCUCACAGCCCCCUUCACAGCGAAACCCGCCACCUGCACCCCCAAGAGCCCUCUUCACCUCCGCCCAGGAAGAAACCGCCGAACUCCUCAAGACCAUCCACCACGCGCGCACGCAACUCCGCGAGGUGCAGCGCCUCUACCAGCUGAAGGCGGCGUGGCUAGAUGCCACCGAGACGCGCUGGAUCGAAGCCACAAUGGCCGAUCUGGCCGAUGCGGUGCGCGCGGCCGCCCUGCUGGUAGAGCCGGCACGCGUGGACCAGGAGACCCGGCGGCGGGGGAGUAUCGGUCUCGCGACGCAGUUGCGCUGGGUGUGUCGCGAUAGUCGGCGAGCGCGGUUGCAGCGCAGUCGGCUGCUGAUGUGUCAUCGGAGUUUGAUUGUGGUGUUUGAGCGGUUGCGCGGGGUGCACGGGUCGGAUUAUGGGGGUGCGCGGAAGCAGGAGCUGGAGCAGGAGGUGAUGGAGUUGCCGGCUGGGGAGGUUGUAAGGCCAAAAGACCUGAGUGCCGCGGUGGAAGGGUUGGCUACGGAGGGGGAAAGGGAUGAAGGCGUGGGAGGGGGGAACGGGGGCCUGGAGGAGGAGCUGUUGGAUUUACUACGCUGGAGACAGUCUAAGGGGAAUACUACUGCUGUUCGUCGAGAAGAGGAGGAGGUUAUGACGGAUGGAGGUGUUUGA